UACUAAAAGAGAUCAAAACUCAGACUCUGAACAUGCAUCACGUGAAGUUUGCUUAAUUCGGCAUGGUUGAGCGCUUGCCGAAGGAGGCCAUGAGUUUGUUGUACGCCUGCCGCCACUCUUCACCGUCAGUUUGAACUUCGCUCUCUAAGAGGCCUUUUGUGGUCAUUAUUUCUGCGGGAUGGCGGACAUCACUAUGGAUACUAUACCGGAAGCCGUCGAACACAACCACCUCCUUCUGUUCGAAACGUCCCCCGACAAGUUUGCGUGGCGUAGUCCGAAACCUAGAGAAAUAGAACAACGCAGGGCUCAAAUGUCCGACAGCCUCAUGUUCGAUGUCAUCCUGUCGCAGAGCGGAGUUCAGUAUCCCCAAAGACUCUAUCCUCCCGCUGACAAGGAAUCCUUGCGAGAGCUGUUGAAUGCAAUCGAGGACACAGAUUUCGACGCUUUGAAGAAGGAUUGUUUGAUCUACUACCUGUUGAAGUGCCACGAGGACGGAAGAGAAGAAACGUUCAAGGAGCAGAGAUGUAUGCCGCCACAAUUCUCGGGGCUUACGGACGCGUACUGGUACCUUGACUUCAGUCAUGACAUUCCGCGAGCCGUCUCCAUUCUGUCCGACGCGCGUUUGACUCGCGAAUAUGUCUCCAAAAUUGUGCACACCCUCUCACUAGCACCCAACUCAUCUCCUCUCAUCCGACAGUACAUUCGCACUGCGAAACCUCUAUUACAGGAACCAGAUGAUAUUGACCUUUAUGCUAUUGCACUAGCUGGUUCUAGUCUACUGGAGGCUUGGCAAUAUCAAGCGACCUUCCCAGAGGGGGGCUCCAUCCGAGCCAGACUCAUCCGCAAAAUCCUGCAGUGGUGUCUUUCGCCGAAACCAAAGUCGACACCGCUCACACAACUUCUGGCGUUCCCUUUAUCUUCGUAUGAACAAAACCUCAUCCAAGAUUUCGCUCUGCAGCCGCCGUCAGACCUGCCAUCUUACUCGAUACCCGCUAUUCAAAACCUCGUCUGUGUCAGACUCAUUCAAAGCGGACAAUACGCCGCUGCUAUCAAACUCGACCGUCAAUUCUCGGUCAAGACAGGUGACACACAUCGCAAGGCAGCCCAUGAAAGAAGACAAAUGAUGGACGAUAUCCUCGCAGUCAUGCCUACAAUUGAGCGAAUGCUCUUAGAACAGGAACUCGAGAAAUCAGGUCAUGGAAGCCAGGUCCCACCUCAUUCGAGUACGGACGCAUGGACGCCGCCAGACUUGAGCAUGUCUUGGGAGUACGUUCGUCCACCAGCACCUCCAAAGGCAAAUGGUGCAAGUGCAGGACCAUCGACUAAGAAGGCGCCACGGACCUCUGAUGUCUUCAUGGAAGCACCAAUACCACAACGCUCAGGUGCUCCUCGUUUCGGUGGGCCUAUUCCAGACCAACCUGAGACGAUUCCCUCGCUUCCCACUUCUCGAGGUUCCGCACGCGGCCCUAGUGCAAAGGGACCCUCGGCGGCUUCUUCAAGGGUACCACAGAAUGCCUCUGCCGGUCCCUCUGCCUCAGGCGUGAAGUCGAAAAUUUCGUUGUUCGAAUCCGUCGGGAGUGCGAAUAAGGUUCGGAACGCGUUCUAUGAACCUCCAGUGUCCGCUGGCACAAAACGUUCCUUUGGCCAAGAUAGCGCACGUUCGCCUUUUCCCGCUUCAUUCCAAACUGCCCCCGGCGACUUUUCAAGUGCGUCAGCUUCCGCAGUGCAGGACUUAUUAGCCGAGGAAGAACAAGAACAGGAGCUAGAACCGACACCAGCAGAGGAUGUUGAAAUGCAGGAUGAAGGUACCGCCGAAGAACAGUUCCAGGGCGAGGGUGAACCCUCUGCAGCUGACCAGGCCGAGGAAGACGUAAUCUCAAAGGAGCCAAGCGAGGUACCAGAAAGAGAGGAGCUCUCAUUCUCUUUGUUCAGGUCCAAACCCGAAUAUGCCAAAUCUCGACGACUGGCUAGAACGGAGACAGAGAGAAUGAUGCCACCGGGUGCAUUCUUCCCAGAUUCAUCAGACGGCGAGCCUGAAUCUCCUGUCUCACCUACCCCUCCUCCCACUCGAUCAAAACGUCAUCAUCCCAAGCCAGAAGUCCUCGUCAAGAGUCCGAAGCGGAGACAAGUACGGCAAUCUGCCUCUUCUGCCCAACCCUCUGAACGUCACGCUCAACCUGCAGUUCAGACACGUGCGAGUACAAGACCACGUAAGUCGACGAUAAAAGCCGAGAAGUUGGGUCGGAGUCUUCCUGGAUCGUUGAUGGACGAUGAUGACUAUGACGAUGAGGAAGAGCGAGAGGAUCAGCGACGUAUGCCUGCAGAGGUUGGAAAAGAGGAAGAAGAUGUCGUGCCUCCCUUACCGUCUAUUUCGGCGACUUCAGCUGGCCCAGCUCGCCGCGCAACUCGCAGGUCCAGGGCUUCAAAAGGGGAGGAGGAGGAAGACAAGCAGCCUAUUCGACCUACGAGACGGUCUUCAAGACUAUCUGUUGCGUCUUCCACUCGAUCGAAUUCUCCUGAGGCUCAACUUUCACCUGUGAAGAGCAGAAGGAACACUCGCACUGCAACAUCGGCUACCCCCCAAAAGGCUACAAGGAAGCAGCGGUGAAUGGUUGACGUCCAACCCUGUAACGGUAUAGUGUUUCACUGAAGCACGCAUCUCCUUGCAUCUAUAUCUGCAUGUACACGCAUUUACUUUUUGUAGUCUUUGAACUUUCAUAUCCGCAUUGGACCCGAGUAUUCGGCGUUGGCUGUACCUUCCAAUCCUCGUUCUUCCAGUGAAGAUCGAUGGACUGUACGAUUUGCUUCAUGUGGGAGUAUUUACUCGAGACGUUCUCGCUUCGAGGCUCCGAUAUGAACGUGAGCAGUGCUGAUUUGAAUCCAUGCCUGCCCUUUAAGUCGUGGUUACCUAGAUAGCCAUCGAGAGCCAUGAUUCUCCAAUACCACUACUGAGCAAUCUAUCUAUAUGAACAUCCACGGCCGCCACAGACAAUCAGCUGCCUAUGCUAGCACAAUAGAGUUCUAUCGAUCUUCGCCACGAGCUCAUAAACUCGGAACCAUGUGUUCUUUUGGGGGAUCACUCGUCAAGCCUGUGCUCAAAGCCUGAACCUCAUGCGUGCCACCGAGCUCCAGCUGUUCGACCGUCAGAAAACUGGCGGGUGGUCAUGAUGCAAGUACAUAAUAGCACCAUGCAGUCUGCAAGAAGAUGACGUCGAAAGCCUUCAUUUCGAUGAAGCGAGAGUGUUUUGCAGAAGUAACCGUCGCAGGGUUUGGUCACCAAAGCCGCGUUAUGGAGGGACGAACCAGAGGGCAAUUAGAGUGGCUGAUGCCACGAGAACUACGGCGGGCACACGGGUGUAAGGUCAGAGUAAGAUCGGAAGUCUCCGUUGCUUCUGGUGACACCUUUAUGGAAGCACAGAAAGUGAUUGGUAUGAUACUUUUCCCAGAGUUCCUCGUUCUUCGAGACAGCCAGGCCAACCUAGGAGUGCGUGAUUUGAUAUUGAGGAUUCGUUGGGGGAAGAGAAGGAUGCCACUUAGACAAAAGAAUUGAACGACGCAGACAGCGAAACCUGUCGGGCUGUGCAGAAAACUUAGUAUUCGAGUGUUCCAUCGGCAGGCACGAAGGUGUCGAACGUACAAAUUUGUUCGGACAAUUCAUACGCCGUUCAGAUUUCUUUCACUAACA